CCUUGAAAGCCGUGUUGCCCUCCCACCUAUCUGAGGAAGCGUUAGUGCAUGGGCUUUGUUUGUGUAUGGAGAAACAAUAUAUAUGCCGCACGUCGGAAGUGAUGGUGACGUGAUAAUGAUAUGAAACGCGUUAAGUGUUUAGGCCCCUGUAGUGAUAUAUAAACGCGGGAGCCAGAAGAGUGUUUAGACCUAUUUGUGGUCUACUGAAAGGAAAGAUCUGCAAUGAAGCUUCUACUGGCAUUUCUGAUGCUCUGUCUUUUAGCGUCCAUCACUGUCGCCGACGAAGACGAAGGUGAUGACGGCGGUGACAAGGAAGGCGGCGGUGGUGAGAAGGAAGACGGCGGCGGUGAGAAGGAAGGCGGCGCCGGUGGCAACGACGGUGGCGGUGAGGGUGGAUCCGGUUCCGGGAAACCUCCAGAGACUGAAAAGGCGCCAAGUGGUGGUGAAGGUAAAGGCAAUGAAGGAGGUGGUGGUGGUCAAGGAGAGGGAGGCAGUGAGUCAGCGACAGACAAGACCAAUGAAAAAGACUCAAAGACAAAAAGUAAGACAAAGAGGAAUUCACAAUGUUCAGCGCCUCCAGAGAACUGUUCCGGUCACUUGAAGAAGUGGUAUUUUAGUAAUGAUACGUGCACGCAACACAGUGUUAAAGCACGUUGCGGAAGCGGGGGCUUUUUUAUAUGUACACUAUGUGUGUCAUCAUGUAUCGGGGCUGAAAAGAAAGAGCAAGCAAAGGAUAUAUGCAGCAAGAAAAAGUGAAUGUGGCCCACGGAAUUCCUUUCCAUUUUUCAAUAAAGUUUACUGAACGUGGUUAAUUGCGAAUGCUUACAAGAUAAUACAGCUCAAUAAAUAAUGAAUGGGAAAC